AUGGGAGAUCGGCAAAUUCCAUACGACUGCUACGCAACCGCCGAUCCAGCCGCAUCAUCCGCGUCGUCGUCGUCUCAGUCGUACGUCUCCGAGGUCGAGGACGCGCCGCCGCUGUGGACGGAGGCGCGGACGCUGACGAAGCAGCUGUCCACGCGCGAGGUGCCGCGCAACAUCGCGUGGGAGCGGCGGCGCCUCCAGGUCCAGCAGCAGGAGCGGCGGAAGAGCGAGGAGGAUCUGACGGACGAGGAUCUGAACGAGCUCAAGGCCUGCAUAGAGCUAGGCUUCGGAUUCGACGCCCAGGAAGGGCAGAGACUGUGCACCACCAUCCCCGCGCUAGAUCUCUACUUCGCCGUGAAUCGCCAGUUUCUCACGAGCCCCCUCGCCAGCCCUAGCAGCACCGGCUCUGCGCGGCUGCGGAUCGGAUCCCCAAGCCCUAGCCCCGCCCCCGUCCCCCCCUCGCCUACGCCACCCGCGACAUUAACCCUCCGAUCGUGCUCCUUCACCGGAGAAUCCGACUCGUGGAAGAUUUUGAACAAAGGCGAUGAUCCCCAACAAGUGAAGACGAAAUUGCGGCAUUGGGCACAAGCGGUAGCAUGCUCAGUGAUGCAGUCCCCAAUUAGAUGCGGUGGCAUGGAUUAGACUAUCUAUUCUAGCCAGGCAUAGACAGAGAAACAAUUCAAUUCGAGAGAGAGAGAUUACACGAUCUACCUCUCGGAAUGGCAGGCGUAAUAGGCCGCCGCCGCCGCUGGUGGAGGUGCUAGUCAUGCUCCGCCGCUCGAUUGAUCGAUCGAUCGCCAUUAGUGAUUGAGAUUCGAGAUAGUAAGUAUUUCCAACGUGGAUGUAUAAAUACUCCUACUGCUGCUACUGCUGCAAACGUUACGUCAAUGUUGUUCUUGAACGUCAGAGAAUUUGAACCUUUUUUUUUCAAUUUUACAGAUAGAUGAGAAUGUUCAUCGAUUUGUUUCCGAAUACUUGACAUUAUCCGAAUCUUAUGAUUUUAUUUGCAA